AUGGUAUCAAUAGAAGAGAACAACGAACCCGAGCCUCUCACUCCGGUGGAAGCUGGUCCUUCCAACCCGCAGUUUGUUCCUCAAACGAGUAUGCACUCCACUCUUGUUUCUGAUGACGAACGAACAGUAAUCAAUAAUCAGAAGGUGCUUAGAAGAGAUUUGAAGAAACCUUCAGAGGGAGAGUUUAAUCCGGGUUAUACCACUUGGCCCCAACACAAAUGGGGAAAUGCAUCAGCGGUCGGACUAGCAGGGUUUGCUUUAACUGCCUUUGUUGCUGGAUUGAUUUUAGCCCGUGCAAUGGGUAUUACUACAUUGAAUGCAGUUAUGGGCGCGGCAGUAUUUUAUGGAGGCGUAGUGCAGUUCAUUGCAGGUCUUUGUGAACUUUUCAUUGGUAAUACUUUUGCAGCUACGGCUUUUGUCAGCUAUGGUAGCUUUUGGAUGUCGUUUGGGGCUAUAUUUAUCCCUACUUUUGGUAUUAUUCAAGCUUAUGGAGGUGCUGAUACCGACCAGUUUGGCGACGCCACAGGGUUCUUCCUACUUGGGUGGGGAAUUUUUACAUUCAUGAUGUUGCUUUGCACACUUAAGUCAACUUGGCCAUUUGUUCUUUUAUUUUUCACUUUGGAUUUUGGAUUUUUUUUACUUGCAGCUGGGUUUAUGAGACAAAGCGUUCGCUGCAUUCGAGGCGGCGGUGUUUUGAUUGUUAUUAGUGCCUUGUUUGGUUGGUACAGUUGCUUUUCUGGAGUUUCCAACCAUUACAAUAGCUAUCUCGUUUUUCCUACAUUGCCUUUACGAGUUUUCCAUAACAGAACAAAGACGUUACCAAGUUAA